AUGCGGAGCCGGAGCGCGGCGUGGCUGCUGGCGGGCGCCGUCCUGCUGGCGGCCUCCGCCUCCUGCAACCACACCGGCCACGGAGCCAAUAAACCCUCUAAGGGAAGAAGUAUAAUUGGUAGAAUUGGUGACUCAUCUCCAAUCCCUGGGAAAAGCGUUCCAGUGGAGCCAGGCCUUUCUGUGGAUGAGAUUUCUGCCUCCCUCCUGACUGGAAAGCUGACCACUGUCUUCCUUCCGAUUGUCUACACGGUUGUCUUCGUGGUUGGUUUGCCGAGUAAUGGCAUGGCCCUGUGGAUCUUCCUUUUCCGAACAAAGAAGAAGCACCCUGCGGUGGUGUACAUGGCCAACCUGGCCCUGGCAGACCUCCUCUCUAUCAUCUGGUUCCCUGUGAAGAUUGCCUAUCACAUACAUGGCAACAACUGGACCUACGGGGAAUCUCUGUGCAAGGUGCUCAUUGGCUUUUUCUACGGCAACAUGUACUGUUCCAUCCUCUUCAUAACCUGCCUGAGCGUGCAGAGGUAUUGGGUGAUCGUGAACCCCAUGGCGCACACCAGGAAGAACGCAAACAUCGCCAUCGGCAUCUCCCUGGGAAUAUGGCUGCUGAUUCUGCUCGUUACCAUCCCCCUGUAUCUCGUGAAGCAGACCAGCUACAUCCCUGCCCUCAACAUCACCACCUGCCACGAUGUCUUACCCGAGGAGGUGUUGGUGGGGGACAUGUUCAAUUACUUCCUCUCUCUGGCCAUUGGAGUCUUCCUGUUCCCAGCCAUCCUCAUGGCGUCUGCCUAUGUGCUGAUGAUCAGAACCCUUCAAUCCUCUGCCAUCGACGAGAACUCGGGAAAGAGGAGGAGGAGAGCCAUCAAACUGAUUGUGACUGUCCUGGUCAUGUACCUGGUCUGCUUCACUCCCAGCAACAUUCUGCUAGUGGUGCACUAUUUCACCAUCAAACACUGGGGCCAGAGCUCCGUCUACGCCCUGUACAUCGUAGCUCUCUGUCUCUCCACCCUCAACAGCUGCAUCGACCCCUUUGUCUAUUACUUUGUCUCAGAAGACUUCAGGAAUCACGCAAAGAACGCUCUCCUUUGUCGAAGUGUCCGUAAGGUGAAGCGAAUGCAAAUAUCCCUCACAUCAAAGAAAUCCUCCAGGAAAUCCAGCUCGUACUCUUCAAGCUCAACCACCCUGAAAACCUCCUACUGA